UGCGGAUUUGAAAACUAGUUAGUUACCAACUCCAGCUUUUCCUAUCCUUCCACUGCGCCUUUUUUUUCAUUCGUUCUCUGUCAUGCAAUAAUUUUCAGUCAAGUUCUUCUCUAUAAAUACCAUAUCCCAUCAUAAUGUUCACCAAUCCAGCUAGAAAACACCACUUCAACUACCCUUGUGCAAUUGUUGUUCAGGGAAGUGUUCUUGAAAGGAACAACAAUGGUCAACUCCAUAAACUUUCUCCUGCUUCUGUCUCUACUACCCUUUGCUCCCUUCUGUCACUGUGAAAAGAAAAAUGAAGGUUAUCUUUACCCUCAAUUUUAUGACGGUUCAUGCCCCAGAGUUCAAGAGAUUGUCCAAUCUGUUGUUGCCAAGGCUGUGGCAAAGGAACCCCGCAUGGCUGCUUCAUUGCUGAGGCUACAUUUCCAUGAUUGUUUUGUCAAGGGGUGUGAUGCAUCAGUGUUGCUAGACAGCAGUGGAACUAUUAUCAGUGAAAAGAGGUCAAAUCCUAACCGUGAUUCAGCUCGAGGAUUUGAAGUCAUUGAUGAAAUUAAAUCCGCACUAGAGAAAGAAUGUUCACAUACAGUGUCAUGCGCUGACAUUUUGGCUCUAGCUGCGAGAGAUUCAACUGUUCUUACCGGAGGACCAAGCUGGGAAGUACCUCUAGGGAGAAGGGACUCUCUAGGUGCAAGCAUCAGUGGCUCAAAUAACAACAUUCCUGCUCCCAACAACACAUUCGAGACUAUUCUAACUAAGUUCAAGCUUAAGGGGCUUGACAUUGUUGAUCUCGUUGCUCUAUCUGGGAGCCACACUAUUGGAGAUUCCCGGUGUACCAGCUUCAGGCAGAGACUCUACAACCAAACUGGCAAUGGAAAAGCAGACUUCACUCUUGAUCAACAGUAUGCUGCUGAAUUGCGCACUCGGUGUCCAAGAUCUGGUGGGGAUCAGAAUCUGUUUGUCUUAGACUUUGUUAGCCCACUUAAAUUUGACAACUUCUACUACAAAAACUUGUUGACUAACAAAGGUCUGCUAAGUUCUGACGAAGUUCUCUUGACAAAGAAUAAAGAAUCCGCGGAUUUAGUGAGGAAGUAUGCAGAGAGAAAUGACCUAUUCUUUGAACAAUUUGCCCAGUCCAUGGUUAAGAUGGGAAACAUCACUCCUCUAACAGGAUCAAGGGGAGAGAUCAGAAAGAACUGCAGAAAAAUUAACAAGUGAUGAAGUAACGUCUUUGUGAUGUACCACUUGUGAAAAUUGCACUUGGAUUUUACUUUCCUUUCCAUUGUUUACAGCAUUUGAAAACAUGAGAGUCGAUUAUUGUGAUCCUUGGCAGUGUCAAGAUGUCCCUCAAAUAAUCCUUUUGAUAGCGUCAUUGUGUGUUUAAAUUGGGUUUGUGUAAUUAGUUGAAAUUUGAAUGAAUUGUUCAAGUAGUUGGGAUUUAUAUGUA